AUGAAGAUCAGCCAAGACGUUUCUUCCUCUCGCCGUAAGGCCAGAAAGGCUUACUUCACCUCGUCGUCGAUCGAAAGAAGAAAGAUGAUGUCGGCUCCCCUCUCCAAGGAAUUGAAGGAACAAUACGGUAUCUCGGCUCUUCCCAUCAGAAAGGAAGACACCGUCACUGUUGUCAGAGGUGCCAAGAAGGGCCAAGAAGGCAAGAUCUCGUCGGUUUACAGACUUAAGUUCGCCGUCCAACUCGAAAAGUUGCAAAAGGAAAAGUCGAACGGUGCCUCGAUCCCCAUCAACAUCCACCCCUCGAAGGUUGUCAUUACCAAGUUGCACUUGACCAAUGACAGAAAGGCUUUGAUUGCCAGAAAGGGUGGCAAGGCUGAAUAA